AUGACAAUUAAAUCAUUUAAUACAUUUGCCAAGUCCAUCCAUCUCUUAUCUCUAAAGACUCUGAGAAUUGGUAUGGUAACUUCUAAGGACCAUCCUAAUGUAGCUCCUGAUGAUCAUGGCAUGAUCCAGCAACUCUCUAAACUCUAUGAGUGUAAGAGUGUAAUUUGGGAUGAUUAUUCCGUUCAAUGGGAUCAAUUUGACCUAUUAAUAAUUAGAUCUGCAUGGGACUAUGUUGAAAAGAUUGAACAAUUUAGAGAAUGGUUAACUAAAAUUGAUUCAAUGAAGAUUCCAUUAUUAAAUGACAGUAACGUUAUUUAUUGGAAUUGGAAUAAAUUGUAUCUGUUGGAGCUCGAAAAUCAAGGUAUUACCAUUGUACCAAGUAUUUUCGUUAAGAGCUGUGAAAAUCCAAUCUCCUUGUCCGAUUACAUUCAACAGGGAUUCGAUAAUGGAAAAUUCGAGACUGGCCAAAAAGAGUUUGUCAUGAAGCCAACCAUUGGAGCCGAUAGUUACGGUACCCAUAGAUUUACACUCGAGAGCGCCUGCCUACUCGAAUCGCAAUUUAGAAAACUACUCAAACACUCUGACAUGAUUAUCCAGCCAUUCGUAGAUUCAAUCCACUCCGAAGGUGAAGUCUCCUUUAUAUUUUUCAACAAACGUUUCUCUCAUUCCAUCAUCAAGCAUCCGUCGCCCGAGGACUUCCGUGUCCAAGAACGGUUCGGUGGUAAUGUUGAAAGAAACACAUGUCCUGCUCCAUCCGACAUUGAAGCAGCCACCAAAGUUAUUAAAUAUAUUUCUGGUAAAGGAAGAGUAUUAUAUUCAAGAAUUGAUAUGUUAAGAUAUAAAGGUAAAUUAUGUCUAAGUGAAUGUGAGUUGUUCGAACCAACACUCUAUUUCAUGAACGAUGAAAAAGUCAUUAAGAACUUCUGCCAAGCUGUUGCCGACCAGAUGGGUGAAUCACCAAGAUUCAGAGGCGUUGCACCAGAGUCGCCAAGACAACUACUCUCACAACCAGACUCUCCAAGACGCAGUAGUAACAGCAGUGGCAGUGCGCCAGACUCUCCAAGAAGAUCAAUAAUUCAACCAGAUUCACCUCGACAUCUACCCAAGAGAAUUGGUGGUUCAAUGAGUAGGAUUAGGUGUAAAAAUUCGAAAAUCUCAGCGAAACUCAGAAAUAAUAAUAAUAUUAAUGAUCAUACAUAG